GUCAAAAAAAUUUAACACAACAGCAGUGUGAAGAGACCUGAAAAGUGGGCACAUGGCAGCAGUGUGUUGUCGAUUGAGACAGCAGCAAUGGGAGAGCCGUAACAUGGGACCAUUGAGAGACUCUAGACUUGGCAGCAGCAUGAGGAGGCGGUAUAGUAGGGGCCCAUUGGCAGAAUUAGGGGCCUGCAGCAGCUAUGUUGAGGACCCGUAAUCUGCCUGCCACGCCAAUGUCAAAAAAUUAAACACCCCAGCCGUGUGAAGAGACCUGAAAGUGGCACAUGGCAGAGGUGGGCGUGGAGACAGCAGCAAUGGGGGGCCGUAAAGGGGCCCCCUGAAGACCCCUGGACCUUUGGGAGCAGCAAGA